AUGACUUCACUGGCAAGAGCACUGCAAAAACUAUGCAUAACGCAGCCACAAAUCGCCCCCAGGUUCAUAGUUAGCGUCAGAACUAGAAUCGUAACUCCGCCGAAGCCAGAAAUCGGUCGUGGAAAAAGUUUCCGAAGAAUCGUCCAUUUCCCCGAAAAUUAUACAGUGAAGCCGCUGGAAGUAACGAAUUUAGGGGGGCGAGACCCGAAAACUGGUCGCCUUGCGGUGAAAGGCAUCGGCGGCGGCAUUAAACACAAAUACCACUGGAUUGACUGGCACCGAGUGGGUCCUAGUGAAGGCCCCCCACAGGAAGAACGCGUCAUUCAAAUAAUUAAAGACGGCUGUAGAACGGCUCACGUGGCUUUGGUGGCUUACGGCGACAAAUUAAAGUAUAUUUUAGCCACCGAGAAUAUGAAACCCGGAGAUAUUAUUAGAACGUCGUCUCACAUCCCUAGGAUUCCAGUUCGUCCAAAUGAAGGAGACGCUUAUCCCUUAGGAGCUCUGCCAAUAGGUACGCAAAUUAAUUGUGUUGAACACACUCCUGGUUUGGGGGGGUUUCUUGUUCAUGCAGCCGGCACAUUUGCGACAAUUUUGCGCAAAGUUGAUAACAGAGUGAUUAUUUUAACUCCUAGUAAAAAGGAAUUUAGUUUGUUGGAAAACUGUAUGUGCACUGUGGGUAGGUUAAGCAAUGUGGCACAUGGAGAUACCCCCAUUGGUUCUGCCCAAAAAAAUAGAGAAUUGGGGAAUAGGCCGAGGUCUGGGUUGUGGCAACGGAAAACUGGGCGAUUUGGGCGGAAAAUCAGGAAGCCGCCACCAGUCAAAGUUUUUGGGGGUGAAAAACCCAAAGAGAGAGAAGUGGUACAGCUUAAUUUUAGCGGGCAUUUUGGAAAACAUCUUAGGACGCAGUUUCAAUACUGAUUUUGUUACCACUAUAAAUACAUGAUUAAGUUUUA